CAAUUAUUAUUGCUGCUGCUUUCUUUGGGGCAGUGAAAUUUAUAACGACAAACAAACAGUUUGAAACUAGCCGUAUUUAGAUAAGAAAACGAAUUUUUAAAUUUAGUUAAACAAAACAACUGAUAAUGCUUUAAACGUACAGUAACCAACUAGCCAACAUGAGCCAAUGUCAAAGUUAACCAAAAACCGGAAACACGCCGCAUAGUCAACAGCUCGCAAAGGGCCACCAACGAACCAAACCGAUCAGGAAUAAAUAGGGACAGUUGCCUUAGGAUCUAGCUUUAGCCUCCACAAAUAGCCAUACGAAACGAAAGCCUACGGAAUCGAGAUUCGAACCGAUCCCAAAAUGCCCGCAACAGCCACGUCGAAACAGCGACCUCCCGUCGUCGACGAGGGAAUGACGCCCAAGAAAACUGCCCUGAUCAUCGUCACCGUGAUCGGAUGCAUCGCCAUUCUGUGGCCAAAGGUCUUCCAUCCGAUGAUGUUUGGCGGGGUUCCGCCACCCAAGCAAAACUUCAAGGAUCAGCGAGCAGUACCCGGCGGAUGUUGUGAUGUCGUGCUUGACAGAGAGCAGUUCAUGAAUGUUACGAAGAAGGAUACCAUCGAGCCCUUUGGUCCGCAUUUGUACCGCAAACAAAUCAAUGUUUACACGGGCGAAAUAAGUCUGCGCCAGGAGCGUCCAGCCCACCUGCAUCCGGAAUCCAUAUAUCAAGCCAUGCGGGAGCGGGGUCGCGCCAUUCCCGCCACGCCCACAGUUCCGAUCGUGGAGCGGAAAACCUCACCCAGCAAUCCGCCUCCGCGGAUCGUGGACGGACGGCCUGGACCUAUUCCUGGAAUGCGUCCGCCCAUGGGAGCCGGAGCACUGCAUCAACCUCAGCAAAGGGGUGGCAGUAGCAUGGGUUUCCUGAUGCCACUUUACACGAUCGGAAUCGUAGUGUUCUUCGGCUACACAUUAAUGAAGAUAAUGUUCAAGAAACAAGGUCCCAACGAUCCGUACGGACAAGCACCGCAGAAUCCUGCCUUCCGCCAGGAGGUCUUCGGACAACAGAACCACAGUCAGGUGGAGGACUUGGGCAGCAGCAAAUUGGGCUGGCGAGAGCAUCAGACAAGAGCCGCUGCAGCCGCCGCCGUCGCCGUGAAGCCGCCGGUCGCCAAGGACACCGAAAAGGAGCUGCUAAACGCCAGUCUGUCGGCCACCGAGGUGGCCAGCAGCUUGUCCGCCUCGCUGAAGAACCACCAGGCGCAAAAGGAGGCCGAGCAGCUGAUGGAGAUCGAGAAGCUGCGCCAGAAGCUCGAGAGCACGGAGCGGGCGAUGGCCCAGUUGGUGGCCGAAAUGAACACCGAUCAGUAUGAGGCAAAGAAAAACGACAACGAAAAAACGAGAGAGCAACUAGACAAGCAGAACAUCCUUUCCAACGGACAUGCAAACACCGACACCGACCAAAAUCCGGAGACAGCGGCAAAGGGAGGCGGAGCCAGGAAGCGCCGGGAUCUGAGCGCUGAGCGGGAACUUACGGUACUGGGCAUGGAGUUAACAGCCAGUUGCGAGGGCGGCCACAAGUGGACCGGUCGCCCUCCAACGCCUGUUUUCCGAGCGCCAAGCGAACAUUCCAAAUUGGAAGAAAAUUUGCCAGAAUCGCAGUCCAUUUACUUGGAAGGCGCUUUGGCACAUGAGUCUCAGAUUUUGGUGGCCGACUCCCAAACCAAACGUGAAGAGGUCUACGACUCCGAGCUUAAUGGAUCAGCCGAGGAACCAGCCAUCAUUCUUAGCAGCAGAAUGACAUUGUCAUUGAUUAAUUUGGACGCAAAUCAACAAAAUGGAAAUGCAGGCAAAUCCGCAGUGGAAAGUCCUCUGGCUGAUGACAUCGAAAUAAUUGGACACGACGAGCAGUAGGCAAAGAUAUAUACUUCAAUGUACACCGAUCGAAUUUUAUAUAUCCUGGCAAUGAUAAUGACUUGAUUCAGACGAAAAUAUUGCAAAGGGCCGAGUGAAAUUUCGUUGCUAAUUUCGUUUAACGACGAACAUUAUGACUGAUAAACACGAAACAGAUUUGCCAAUAAUUUGAUAUCUAAUUUGUAUAUACAUAUUGUAUGUUUUGAUAUCUUUGUUUUGAUUUUAAAACGCCAAAGUUUUGUCCCUCUCUUCACAAAAAAAAACACACACACAACCUGUCUUUCUGCUUUUAAAAAACCUUUCUCACUUUCGGUCAAACGUAAUCCUAGUUGCAUGUCUCGAAAUCUCUUUAACUCGAUUAGAAAAAUGCGGUCUUUGUGAACUGUAUGAUUUUAUGUGAAUACUGUUAGUUGAAACUCAAUGCUAAAACUAGUCUACCAUUAAGCUAAGCGCAUAUGUAUUUCAAACCGCAUCAACCCUGUAGCUACUUGGCCAGAAAAAUUACUCAAACAGAUCCGAUCGAUUGCACCUUAUUAUGAUUAAACAACUAAAGUUAGUGCCACAGCGUUUGUGAACCUAGUAUAAUAAAUAUAUUAAAAGCCGAA